UUUUCCGUUUAAUAAAUUUGAAUAUUUUUUUGUCUGCAUUGUUCAAUUGUUUAAAGUAGUUUAUUAUUUAGGAAGCAAUUCAUUACAGAAAUUUCUCACAAACACUAUUCUGCUAAUUUAGUAUUGGACUCAUCUUGAAUCUCAAUGAAUAUUAAACGAUCAUUUUUCGAGAACUUCUCGGGAAUAAACUUCAAUUAUGAUCUAUUUAUAACGAAGGAAAUUGGCAUUUGAUCAAGUAUUGAUUUUGUAUUAGCAAUGAAGGACGUCCCGGUCCAGAAACUCCACCCAGUGGAUCCAGAUCCCGUGCAAUCCCAUUCGGUAGCCGGGAUAAAUCCCGCCUCCAUAUCGAAUUCUAUUCCAGCCUGAAUAUUAAGUCAGUUUUGAAAGAGUCCGGGUUCCUGACAAGCGGGAUAAAUUUGAGUUGGGUUUUGUUUUUGUGACGUGUGUGGUUGAUUCGUUGUUGUUUUUCGCGUUUUCCAAUUGAGAAAAAUGUCUUACAGUAACUCACCACCUGAUCUUCAACAGGAUGUUUAUCAGUAUGGGUACCACCAUGGGUACCAUUAUAUUUCUGAUGGCAGUACAAUUGGGGGCGAUGAAUCGAAUUUUUGGUCAAAUAGUCCCAGAUCAGAAUCGCCGUCUCCCAAUAUUUUGCACUCGCAAAACCAACUCGACAAUUCCUAUAUUUACUCAAAUACCGGCUGUCCCACCCCUAAUCAUUACUCCGUUUACCGCACAACGAUGGGCGGAGAAGGAGAUUUAGGACCGCCAUUUGUACGGGUGGUAAAACGACGAACAACCGCAAAUAAAAAAGAACGGCGAAGAACUCAGAGCAUAAACAAUGCGUAUCAUGAUCUUAAGAGAAUUAUUCCGAAUGUUCCCAUGGAUACGAAGCUUUCAAAGAUCAAAACAUUGCGAUUGGCUACAGCAUAUAUUUCAUAUCUAACUAGAGCUUUAGAAACUGAUGAUACUCCGGGAACAUUCAAAGCAGAGCUAGGAUCGUUGUCUAGAAAAUCAAGCAGUAGCAGUAGUAAUAGCCAACAGAAUAUCAUGAAUAAUAGUAAUAACAACAAUAAUACGAAUUGCUCCAGUAGCCAUGGAUCGCCAAAAAGUGAAAGCUCGGAAGAUUCGUCGAACUCUCGAAAAGCAAAGGGGCGUACGGGAUGGCCCCAACAUGUUUGGGCUUUAGAACUGAAACAGGAACAAGCUUUGUAAAUUGAAAGAAACAUUUCAACCAGUUCUUUGCAGUCUUAACGAUCAAGUUAACGAUAGCAGGAAUUUUGAGUUGUGGGCCUGAAGUUCUAGGAGAAGAAAAAAAAUUGAUCUGCUAGAUAGUUGUACUGUUCCUUAGGGCUCUCUGAAAAUUACCAAAGAUUUUUCGUAAAGAGCAUGCGAGAAGCCAUUGUACGUUUACUGAGUUGUAGGGUUUCUAGGUGCCAAUAGGAUGUUAACAAUUCUCGAAAUGCUGUAAUUUUUUUUGUAUCAGUUUCCUGGAGCUGUCCAGGACCGAGCUUAAGGACCAUCGCAGUUGAAAAUUCCGCUCAAAUCAUGUCUAAGAAUAAAAUUUUAGUUUUGUUUUCAUCCUGCUUGCUGUUAAUAUACCCUUCUCAGAUUUCUUCAAUUUUCCAAAGUUUUCAAGUGCAAUUGGAUAUGGAAAGAAUCAAAUUAAGGUAGUUGUCUGAAGUGUGUUGUUCCUAAUUUCGGUUCUGCUCCUUGAUGUAAAUAUAUUAUCUGUUUUCAGUUAAAUGUUGCCAGAUGGCCCCUCAAUGUAUACAUUUACUUACCUACACCUUAAGAGUUUUAUAUAUUAUAGCGAUAGUCGGAGUUUAUAAUUAGACAUAUUAUGUGCUUUUUGUUUAUUGCCUUGUUUACGCAAUAAGCAAUAGAAUAGCAUUAUAGCAAUACACAUUUUUCUAACUUCUCUAAAUAUUGCAAUAAAUCGAUUUAGAGAGUA